GUCAUGUGACCCGGCUCAAAUGGUCGUGGCGUCUGAUGGGGCGUGACAGGUCUGGAACCUUCAGUGACUCCAACAGCAGCCUGGAUUUCCCAGGGUGCCCCUGGUGCCCCAUGGUCCUGCAUGGCAUUCGGAGCUGUAAAUCCCAGAGAGCCUUCUCGGGGAAAUCUAUCAUGCAUGAGUGAGCGGAGGGCGGUUGAAAGCUGGACCGGCUUGGAGAUCAUCAGAUAGCGGGAGGCUUUCAUCAGGCAUGACAAACUCGCUGGAAACUGAUGAUAAAUGCAGAAUAAAUACAGAAUUAAAUGCCCCCCGCCCCCACUCUAACAGGUCUCCUGUCCCCACUGCUUCUCCGGUCUCGGUCACAUUCAGCCUCUCAUCUAAACUCCUGUGAACAUUUUUUGAGGAUCGGGGGCCCAAGGCUGCUGACUCAUUCACGGCCCUGCUUGGCAAGACCUGUCUCUGUCCCGGAUCCGUGCAUCUCAUCUCUGCAGCAGCAGCUGCCCCAUCGUUUAACAACUUGUCAUCAGCACCAUGGCAGUGAGUCAGAGGGUCUGAUGGCACAUCUGGCCAGGGUUCAGUUCUUGGCCGUUCCCUGCUUUUUAGGUUUUGUAAGAGUGUUGCUUAUCGACGCAAAUGUUUUUUAUCCAGUGAUCUGAUUCCCGUAGAUUCCUUCCCCGUUUGCGAUUUUGUGAAAAUCAUUGUUAAAGUUUCUAACAUUAUAAUUCUCACCGUGUCAGACCUGAAACUUAAUCCUUGCUCUCUUUAUCACACACUCCAUGGGCUGAUGGGUAAAUAAAUUACCCGUGCAGGUGUGUGCCGCAUGCUUUUCAUUUGCUCUCCCAUUUCAGUGCCUUUGCCUUAUUGAAGGUCUCACCCUCAGGCCUUCAGGCUUUGGCUUCUGCGGCCUCCUGGUGUCUGAUUUCCACACAGAGAGAGGAUUUAUUCCUUCGUUUGUUUCGGUGUCGUAAAGCUUGGAAGGUUUGGGCCAGAAAGCCUAUGUGGAUAUCUGCUCAAGGAUACUGCCGCCACCCAUUUUCACGUCGCCCUCCUCCUGGUGGUUUAAACCCUGUUCGUCGCUGUGACCUUACAGAUGUGCCAUGACCCUCAGCUUUGUGGCGCCUUUUGGGCGUCUUCAACUUCCUGCUCUCUUAUGUAUAAUUUACCGCCACCCUAGACCUGACUGAGAACAAGAAAGCAUCUGAUAACUCUGAAAAAACAUGAACAGUGACUGGUUUCUCAUUGAUGUAAAUAUUUCAAAUUUGCCUGCAGGCAAUAUGUACAAUCAAGGGUCUGCACCAUGGAGGUCUGCGCUCGGGCAGUGUGUGCGAUGGAGAUCAACACCAGGGGAGUGUGUGCAAUGGAAGUUUGUACCAGGGUGAUCUGUGGGAUUGAUGGGUGCACCAUUGUGGUCUGCACUGCGGUGGUCACUUUAGGGCUGUCUGUGUAAUGUUGGUCUGCCCCAGGGCCAUCUGCAAGUCUGCGUGAUGAAGUCAGCAUCAGGGUGGUCUGCAUGAGGGUGGUCUGUAUGAGGAUAGUUUCUCUCACACACAGACAUAUGGCAGGCAGUGAGUCCAGCUCUAGGUUGGUGAGGCUUCAGUGCUAUAAAAACAUUAACACUGGUGUCUUCCGACUCACGUCACCAAUAACAUGUCAGACAUGCUGACUGAGACCCAUGAGGGAGGUUGAGGUAUCAGGCUCGCAUCAGGGUAUGAUUCAGUCACUGGUACUGGUGGUAGCCGCACCAUGUGGCCCCUGCGAGGGGGUGAUAGCAUCUUCCCCUGGAAGUCCCACCUCACCUUCUCUGAUGAGCAGAGGUGGUACGCCAUUGCUAAGAGUGUGACAUGUGCGGAACAGGAUCGAGACAGAUCAGACAAAUUUGGAUAUGAAAUGUGUAGCAACAUCAAAUUAUCAGUGAAGAUUCUGAUUAGAGUGGAAGGGGGCAGGAGUGGCAGGACCCCUGAGUUGGGGACAUGGAAUGGCAUUGAUUACAGACUGGACCGGCUGGUGGCGGGAAUGUCAGACCCGGUGGCUUCCCGGCCUGUGGGGGGCAGUUCAUUAAAAUCAGGUCAACCUGCACACACAAGCUGAUGAGGGACGUUGCUGGGUUACUGGGUGGUGGCAGGAGGGAUGUUGCCAACAUAACAUGUUAGAGGAGUGGGACGCACGUGCCCCCACCGCCCCCGAAAAGGAUGAUUGCCAGCAGCAGAGCCGUUAUUAUCAUCAGAGCAGUGCGUGGCAAUCUGUAAUUAUCGCCAUAAUUAUGCGCUGGGUCCAGCGGGCUCCAGAGAGCGGUCCGAUCCGGCACUGACGCCCCUGUAGAAAGCCCCGUGAAAAUGACUAAAGUCCCCCCCCCCCAUGAUGGUCUGUCUUAAGUGCCACCCCCCAUGGCAUUUCCAUUCAGAGAGCGGCCCAUUAUCAGAGAUGUGUCUUAUCAUAAUUACAUGUUUGUCAGAGCUGCGCCGCCAUACAGAGGCCGCUGAUUAGCGGGGGAAGCGUAUUGAUUUCUAUUGACAGGGCCUCUCAAAGCACGUUAAUGAAAUGUGUGUAAAUGAGAUUCCAGCGGCUGAGGAGCCGGGGGGGGUGGGAGCCCAGCCAGGUUACCGCGGGGACCCCAAGCGGCUGGGCUGGCAUGUUUCAACCUGUCUAUUGGUGCCAUUCACUCGUCUGGCCUGAGUAGAUGCGUUUUCAAGAAGUUGAAGCUUUCAGGAAAGUUCUCUCCAUAGCUCGGCCCAGAUUGUGCAUCCUUUCGGGUUUCUCCCUUUCCUUUGGGUCCUCAGGGUGACCAUACAUUAGCCUUUGGUCCUCGGUUACUGGGGGCCUCUCACCGCGGGUCUCCUCCACUGCUGAGAGGAUGGUUCAAACAUGGUUCAGACAGUCACGUUACGGUUUAACUGCUGCUAACCAGCUUCUCUGCCCCUCAGCCGGCCGGCCCCCAGCAAUCACGACCGGAUACAGAGGCUCCGACAUGAGUUCCAGCAGGCCCAGCAGGACGAGGACUUGGACCUGCGGCGCCGCACCUAUAGCUUUGAGCAGCCAUGGCCCGCUGCUGACCCCUUUGCGCCCACCGGCCGGCACUCCGUGUCUCUGGAGGUGCAGAUGCAGAGGCAGCUUCAGGACGGUGAGGAGUCCUUCCAGCAGGCCCAGCGACAGUACAGCUCACUGCCCAGGCAUUCUCGUAAGAACACAGGCUCUGUGUCUCAGGACGCGUGGGACACUGCGUUCCCCACCGGGGGUGGUGGCUCCCAGACGACCAAGGACAACCCGCAGUACUUCAGCUACCAAGGGGCGCACAACGGCCAUGCCGGGGGCGGAGGGGGCGGCUUCAAUGCGCGUGUGCUGCUGGAGACGCAGGAGCUGCUGCGGCAAGAAAAGCGACGGCGUGAGCAGGAAGCCAAGGCCAAGCAGCCAGAGCCCACCCCCGCCCCCACCGACUGCCAGCCCUAUACAGCUCCCGUGGACUCUGGCCCUGCUCCAGGCCCCACCACCUCCAAAGGGCCCUACAGGCAGGAUGUGCCCCCCUCCCCGACACAGGUCACCAAGCUGAACAGGUUACAGGCCAUGGAGAAGGGACGGCCCUUUUAUUCCUGAGGGGGGCACCGCACUUCAGUAGUAUCAUUGGGGAAGGGGGGGGGGGUGAUGGGCAUUUGCGGGCACUCAUCUUUGAAUUCUUAUUUUUUUAUCGAAAACAUUGAAUCCUCGUGGUUUUAUAAACCCUUCCCCCCUCCCUGCACCAUCUAAUGAACCUCUUCCUACAUGCCUCUCCCUCCGUCAGUGCCUUGGUUUUCGUGUCUGACAAUCACAUGGCGGCCCCCCCUGUACACCCAGGCCAAGCCAGCGAGUGGGAGUUUUUAAAGAGAUGUUAAGCCAUUAUAAAAGUUAGUGGAGCAAGACCUGUGUAUUUGAGGGCCAUGACCGUGACAGUGCAUCCCCUUCCUCGGGAAUGGGGGGUGUGAUACGUAUCCCUCCUCUUCCUCGGGAAUGGGGGGUGUGAUACGUAUCCCUCCCCUUCCUCGGGAAUGGGGGGUGUGAUACGUAUCCCUCCCCUUCCUCGGGAAUGGGGGGUGUGAUACGUAUCCCUCCUCUUCCUCGGGAUUGGGGGAUGUGAUACGUAUCCCUCCCCUUCCUCGGGAAUGGGGGGUGUGAUACGUAUCCCUCCCCUUCCUCGGGAAUGGGGGGUGUGAUACGUAUCCCUCCUCUUCCUCGGGAUUGGGGGGUGUGAUACGUAUCCCUCCUCUUCCUCACGAAUUGGGAGUGUGAUACGUAUCCCUCCUCUUCCUCGGGAACAGGGGGGAUGUUAUCCGUAUUCCUCCCACUGCAGUCCAUCCCUGUGGACCCCCCCUCCGAUCCUAUCUCUCCACACCCUAGGAGAUUUAAAGGUAACCCCCCCCCACACACACACACACACCCAAGAGAGACCGGCUUUUCGUAAAUGGGGUCAUGUCGGGUUAUUAAUUAAUGUUCCUCAUGAAAAAUUCAGCUCUGUGUGUUGCCUCCACUGGGGGGGGCGCGGUUGCCUAGUGUGCUCCCCGCAGCACGGCCGGCUCUGGGGGUGUCCCUGCUGGCCAAACACAGCUGCUGCCUUUGCUGGAUAUUUCACUGGUUUUACUGGGAGGGUGCGGAACCCCCACGGAGACCAUCCCAGCACCAGGAAGCCAGGAGGAGUAACGCAGAGAAGGGAAUAUCGACCUGCCUGCUGAUUUAUUCACGUUUGCUGAAAAUCACCCCCCCUCGCCUCGGUUUUCCCCCAGAGAGGUGAGUCUGCUGGCGCCUCCAUCUCUCCAGCCCUGAAUGUCAGACUGCUUAAUAAGUGCCUGAGAUGAGCAGACAGUCAAUGUCUCCCACUGGUACCACGGGCCCUCACCCCUCAGACGGCUGCCACUCGCGCUGGGCUUCGUGUCUUUCCAGAGGAUUUGCCUGCGUGGGAUCAGCGGACUUUCUUCCUGAGUAUCAGCCUUAAUUUCUCAUGGCAUUUUUAUUUUCGGUACUCGCGGUGUUAAAAGCGAAUCACUAAUGUAAGCACAGUGCAAUUGGUUUAUAAAACUCUGUUUUUCAUGAUGUAUCAAGAACGGCAGGAAGCCAUUUUUUCUGUACAUGUCAAAUUCUUAAUAAAAGGAAAACUUCUCAUCCUGA